AUGGGACAGUUGACGGCUUCCGAUGUUGGCGCCCUCUUAGCUUCACUCCGGAUUACACCAUCCCAGCAUACAGUGGAGACGUUCCUACAGCCACUACGAGACUUUGACCAUACCAUGCAACUGUUUGAGCCUUGGUUCCAGGACAACUGCCAGGUCCUGAUCAUCGGACCGGACACCAUUCGAUUGAGCGACCGAAUCUUCAAUGCAGACGAGUACUACAAACGGAAGCGCCCAAGUCAAACUCAGCUGGAGGUGUGGAUUUUUGCAAUCCCCGCCAACUUUGAGAAGAGUGCUAAAGAAGUCCAGUGCCUCAGGGACUGUUCCCAUGCCUCCUCGGUAUUCUCUAUACAGGAGCGCGCAGAAGCACUGAUUGCUGGACAAGAGCUUCUCGAAAAUAAUCUUAUCAGGCAGAUCAGUUAUACAGAUCCUGAACUAAGCAAAGUAUCUGGGGAGUACCUAGAUGCCAAAGUUUUCGAUCUCUUUAGCACGACCACACAUCGGUAUCUACACACAACACAUCUAAUUGGGCUUGGAUUUGCGGGAAUGGAAUUUGGCAUCGAGUGGAACAUCAAGGAUCCAAUGUCGAAGGAUCACUGCUGGAAGGCAAGUCACGGGAUUCCUUACAUCGAGGCUGCUAGCCCUCGCGACACCAAGGUAGCCGUGAAAGACCGUUGGCGUCAUCAAAACCCCCAAAGCCUGGUAUUUUACCCCGUGUACCCGGAUUGGGAUCCACAGUCAACGGUUUCUAUCCCUGUCGGCUCGUCCUGA